AUGCAACACAUUUCACUUACAAUUGCAUCUGCUAUAAUUUUAGUUAUUUUUUUGAGAUGGAGUUGGAGACUUAUGAAUUGGCUGUGGUUGCAGCCAAGGGGUUUGGAGAAAUGCCUGAGAGAGUUGGGUUUCAGGGGAAAUUCUUACAAGUUGUUAGUUGGAGACAUGAAUGAAGUUGUGAAGAUGGAUGAAGAAGCUAAGUCCAAGCCUAUCAAAUUCUCACACGAUAUUGUGACAAGACUCAUGCCCUUUAUCCACAAAACAAUCAUUGAUUAUGGUAAGAAUUCUUUUAUAUGGUUGGGACCAAAUCCAGCAAUGCUCAUCAUGGACCCUAAACAUAUAAGGGAGAUCUUGUCGAAGAGUAAUAUUUUUCAGAAACCUCCCCCUGCACUCACGAAGCUGCUAGCCGAAGGAAUCUUGAGCUAUGAAGCAGAUAAAUGGGCUAAACAUAGAAGAAUCAUCAAUCCUGCUUUUCACCUUGACAAGUUGAAGCAUAUGGUACCAUCAUUUCAUUUGACUACUUGUGAGAUGUUGAGCAAAUGGGAGAAAAUUGUCUCGACGGAAGGAUCAGAGGUAGAUGUGUGGCCAUAUCUUCAAACAUUAACAAGUGAUGCCAUUUCAAGAACAGCUUUUGGAAGUAGCUAUGAAGAAGGUAGAAAGAUACAUGAACUUCAACAAGAACUAGCCAAAAUUAUUGUAAAAGAGACAGAGGCAAGUUACAUUAGGUUUCUGCCGACCAAAGAAAAGAGAAGGAUGAACCGUAUACAUCAGGAAGUACGUUCACUAGUAUUGAGAAUAAUCAAUAAGAGAAUGAAUGAAAUUGAAGCAGGGGAGACGUCUAAUAGUGAUGACUUAUUGGGCAUAUUAUUGGAAUCCAACUUGAAAGAAAUCCAAGAGCAUGGAAAUAAGAAAUUCGGAAUGAGUAUUGAUGAGGUAAUUGAAGAAUGUAAAUUGUUCUAUCUUGCUGGACAAGAGACAACUUCAGCUUUGCUUGUAUGGUCGAUGAUUUUAUUGAGCAAACACUUCGAUUGGCAAGCUCGUGCUAGAGAAGAGGUUUUGCAAGUCUUUGGCAACAACAUACCUGAUUAUGAUAAGUUGAAUCAACUCAAAGUUGUAACCAUGAUUAUCCAAGAAGUUUUGAGAUUGUAUCCACCAAAAUUUUUGAUGGGUAGAGAGGUACACAAAGAAACUAAAUUAGGCAAUUUGUCAAUACCAAGUGGAGUGCAACUCCUAUUGCCAACAAUAUUGUUGCAUCAUGACCAAGAAAUAUGGGGUGAAGAUGUUGAAGAAUUCAAUCCAGAGAGAUUUAGUGAAGGAGUCAAUAGAGCAACAAAAGGGAAAUUUGCAUAUUUUCCAUUUAGUUGGGGACCUAGAAAUUGCAUUGGACAAAACUUUGCUAUGUUGGAGGCUAAAAUGGCACUUGCUAUGAUUCUACAGCAAUUUGCUUUUGAAGUUUCUCCAUCUUAUGCUCAUGUUCCUUAUUCAGUUUUCACUCUUCUACCUCAAUAUGGUGCUCAACUAAUUCUAAACAAGCUAUAGAAUACAGAUAAGGUUUGUGUAUACUCUAUCCUUCGAAUCCAUUUGUG